GUGAAGGCGCUCUGUGGGCAGGUGGCCGUCUUCGAGCUGAAAACCGCGAAGCUGGUCCUGCAGCUCCCCUGCCAUGAGAAGGCGGUUCGUUGCUUCGACCGCCAUCCCUCGGAGGAGUGGCUGGUGACGGGAUCCUUCGACAAGACGGCGCUGGAGGAGCGGCCCUGGUCUUCAGCCUUGGAGCGGCUGGGCGCUCUGCUGCCGAGCGCCCGGCGCGAGGAGCUCGUCUCGCUUGUGCGCCACGCCCUGGCGCGCGCCGCGCCGCGCGAGCUGGAGCUGCUGCGGGCGGCGGAGGAGAUGGCAGCGCUGCCGUUUUCCUCGCCCACGGAGGAGGAACUCCUGGAACGUCUCCAGCGCUUUGAGCAAUUUCUUCGCUCUCUACCUGGCAGGCCUCGACUGGUCACCGUGGCGCGCUCCGUGGUGGAUGGCUUUUGCCCCAUGCGCUUCCUCUGCCGAUUGGAGACCCAGCUCUUGGAGGUGCUUCGAAGGCUUUAUGGCUCACUGGAGGUGGUCUACAGCGAUGAGCUGGAUGCCAAGGAGCUGGCGUAGUCGGCAUAGUCCGACCCUGUCCUUGGCAGAAAAAGGAGAUUCCGUGGAGCUUUAAGCACGAGUGUUCAAAGGCACCGGGACCAAACCAGAAUGUGACUUGGCACAGCCAGCCCAGCCCCCCAAACAUCCAACAAACAUCGGGAGGCUGGUAGAACCCCG